AUGAGCUUUUGUUUGGGCAAUCUCUUCGACAUAGCAUCAGUGUCUCAAGUUCCCGCAUAUGAAAGAGUUUUCCUAGUUAUUCUCCUCUCCUUAAGUCGCGAAAUGGCUUUAGCUGUCUGCUUUACUUACCGAAACUCGCCCCCUUAUCGCCGCAUUAUCCUCUAUACACCCGCUGAAGCGAACCCUCUUCUUUUGAAAGAGCCAAGCUAA